CUCAUUUGCUACCUUCCUGCUACUUACCAACAACACUACUCCAAACGCAAAAAAUUUGGUUUGCUGAGAAAUACGAGUAAAACGUGUUUUUACGGUUUUAAAAAGGUAAGUUUUUUAGUUUUUUUGCAUCUGUUUUAUAUGCUUUAAAGGGGUGGUCAUUUCGUUCGACUGAGAUUCAUUGUCAAUGUUUGCUUCAGGUCACAAGAGAAAAGCCCGCUAGUAACAAAACGAACAACAGGGAAAGACUAACUCACAGAGAUUAGGAAGAGAAAAGGUUGCUGAAGCAUCGAGUCUAUCCACUAAGUGUUUAUUUGGUGUGAGGUUGAAUUCAAUAUUGGAUACAUUCGUUAGCACCUCGCCACUGUGGAGUUUGCCUUUCUCUGAAACAUUAACGUCAAAGCCAUCAAGUUUCUUUAACAUUGUCGAAGGUCCUUCUUCAAGUUACCUGAACAAUAGGAUUCAUUUUAAUUUUUCUUUAAUUUAAUAUUUCUAAUUAUUCUUUGGUCUUAACAACAGUUGUUGUUGGGAAGUUCUGGUUUCUUGUAUAUAGACUUUCGAUUUACGAUACAUUGUUUGUAUUCUUGUUUUUUUUUAUUAAGCCGUUUGCAUUGUUUUAUUUCCAAUCACAUUCUUUCUUCCGUUCGUCUUACCACUAAACUUUAGAAUUGCACUUAGGUCCCCACUAGCAAACGCCCGAAUCUUCUGUUUUUCUGUUCUCUGUUCUCUGUUCUCUUCAUUCCUUUACUUCCUUCCUUCCUUCCAAUAUCAUGUCCAUUGCGCCUCGGCAGAUAAUGGAUGAUCCAAACUUAAAAAAAGAAGAUUCUACUCAUUCUCCCACUGCAUCGUCCGUACCCGUUGGUGCUUCUACCAUAACUGCAAGUACAGGUCAAGAUCCAAUAUCUACUGGAUCUACCGCAACCGACGCAGGUCCUCCUCCACAGACCACCUUAACACCUGCGAGUGCUGGAACUACUCCGAAUCCCCCCAAACAUCCUUCUACCGGAAUUCCUCCUUCUCCCACUGCCACCACUAUGUAUAGAUGUGAUAAAUGUGACAUGGUCUUUGCAAAACAGUCUGGUCUGACAAAUCACAAGCGGACGUAUCAUCAACCUGAAACCGUCGUUAUCAUUGGCAGACGCAGGUACGUUUGGAGAAGGAAUGAAAAUGGGCGGUUUCAGUGCGUUUGUGGCCGCCAAAAUUGGCGGCGCCCGGUAAACUUUGCUUCUCAUGCGAAGCAAUGUCCGAGCUUUUUAGCCAUGGAUCCCAACAAUAUCCCCCCAGAGAUCAAUAAAGUUCCACCUCAUGAGGACCUCCAUUCAUUAACUGAUUCCAGACGCCGGUUCCGUCGGGGUCAUACACAGGAUAGUUUAACGCCUGGACCACAUCCUUCUCAAGUCGGCGACCCAAAUGCUUCUACCAACGCAGCAGUUGCUGCGGCAGCCGUCGCUGCUGCCAACAACUUAACGAACGGCGUACAUACUCCUGACGUUUCACGAAAUAUAAAUAGCUCCUUAGUAGAUGCUGCAGAGUCGUUGGCGAACGUCUCUCAACAACAGCACAAUCACCACCCUUUUGCCCGUCAAUCAGAUUAUUCUGCCCAUCCCCUUGCUCGCACUCCUAACGCCUAUAGUCAUUCCAUGAAUAUGUUUGCUCCUAACAAUCCUAAUUCCUCGUUAUUACAAAGUUCUAUGCCUUCUGACGUUUCCAUUGCUUCUUCCCUCGUUCAACAACCCAUCCAUCCCUCGUAUGAUUCACGAUUUUCUAAAGGCACUGAUGCUCUUGUUGCUACGGCCUUAGGGUAUGGUGCUCCUCCCUCAGCUGCUACUCUUUGUCCUUUAUAUCGCGAUACCCCUGCUGCAAUUGUCAGUGAAAAGCUACGUCUACGCUUGGCAAAUUUAAGAGUUGCAUAUUGCGAGGACUGCAGAGAGUUCAUAUCCUUAUCCGCAGCCCUGGAUCAUCGCCGAUCGCAACACUCACAGAGCAUUACGCCUGACCUUGUUCACGUGUACAGCGAUUUCCUAGAUUAUCAAAAUUGUUAAGCUCAUGGCCGCAUGAAUUACGACUUCUAUUUCAGUUAAAACAUUUUUACUUGUUUCGUGUCUUGUUACUUUUUUUUUUUAUAAUUUUUCAUGGCCUGUGUUGUAAUAAUACUUCUAGAAUUUUUAAUCUCUGGUUACCUUCGUUUCCUUCAAUUUUUGAUCUCUGAAUAUGCUUAAUUUGAUAUACUCAUAGACUACUUCAUUGUUAAUGAAGUUUAUG